AACAAUGAGGAUAAAAACACCUGUUUUGCUGUUUACGGGUACAGUAGCUGCAUUUGCAGAUAAGAACUUAUCGAGUCGAUAAAUAUUGAUCAAACUCAGGUGAUAUUUAAAUAAUGUUUAACUAGUUCUAUUUUAACAAAUUCUAUCACAAAAAAAUUAAAGAGGGUUUUUUUUAAUUUCAAUUUCAAUUUGGUGUUGCAAUACUUUAAUUAUUCCAUGUGUAUAUAAAGAUUGAGAAGACCGAAAGUAGGAGUUGCGCAGUUGUGGUUUGUCUAAAUGUUGGCAUAAACAAGCAAAUUUUUGGCAUUUUGCUUUACAUAGCAAUAGGCCAUUGUCGACACUUGAUUCAGAAUUGUUGUUUACUGGACAGGACUUGAUUUACAUGCAUCACUAGUGUAUAAUCGGAUCCAGGCGUUUAUCUUUACAUAACUUGUUAGUUUUGCUGUGAAUAAAAUUAGAAAGCGAAAGUAGAAAAAUUUGAUUGUGGAAUAUGAAAAAUGCCGUAUCAAGACAUCCGAAGGUAUUUUGAAAGUCAUGUAAAAAUUACUAUCGUUGUUGUAUUUCUUAUCAACGUAUUAAUUUUAAUAAUUGUUCUGGGAAUUCUAUGGGAUAUGUCAGAACCAUCUACCCCUGCAGAAAAUUGUGGGUACAUGUGCCUUGAGAUGGAAAAGAAUUCUGAUUAUAUGAAAUGUGGUUGCAGAGCUGAAAUAUUACAAGAAUACACAGAAAAGACUUUUGAUGAGAAAUUGAUGACUAUAUCAAAAGAAUACAGAGAUAUGUUCAAGAGUUCUUCAGUCAAAAUGCAUGAAGGUUACAUCGGAGAUGUCAAACCUGUCGCCCAUUUGAUUGGUGAAGACACGGACAUGCCAACAAAAGAUGACACGAAAAAGGAGAUACUUCCGGUGAAGAAGUGGUACAGAGGAAACAACUGUCUAUUGUUAAACGGUAUGAACCUACACAGAGGACGAGUUCGUGUCCCGGUCAGUGGACUUUACCAUGUGUACAGCGCUAUUGAGUUUAACUAUCAUUUAAUACCGGACACUGAGCGCAACACAAUUGAAGUUCAUUCUAAGAGCCCGAACAUGAAACAUGUAAUUUACAAAUCAAACAUAAAGAAUUCAAAGAAGGAAGACGAGAUCAUGUGCACACAACAUCCGUAUGAACGUUCUGAGAAUCUUGUUUUCUCCAGAUAUGACACAUACAUCAGUGGUGAUACUUAUUUGGAAGCAGGAGAUGAAAUAUAUGUCAAAGUGGCUAACAUAUCUUAUGCAUCAAGUCCACCGAAAAAUAUAUUUGGGAUUAUUCUGAUUUAAAACCAAUGCAAACCAACUUCGUUUUAGGUUGUUAAAAUAACUUUAAGGACUUUUACACUAGAGCUAAUUUACAAAGCUUGAAGAUUAAGACUUUGGUUGGCUUGCUUUGUUUGUGUAGAUUUAUUUCACGUUAUCAAAUAAUCACAUUUAAGUAUCAUGUAUAAAACAGAAGAUGUGGUAUGAUUGCCAAUUAAACAACUAUCCACAAACGACCAAAAUGGCACAGAUAUUAACAACUAAAGGUCACCGUACGGCCUUCAAAAAUGAGCAAAGCCUAUACCGCAUAGUCAGCUAUAAAAGGCCCAGAUAAGACAAUAUAAAAUGUAUACUGGUUCAUCUCCUCCUGUUUAUAAAAUUGUUUACAGAUGAAAAUCUUAAUUACAAUGCUUGGGCAAACGUUCACAAGAACAAAUAAAACAAAAUAACUAAAGUCUUAAUCUUCAAGCGUAAUAAAUUAAGCUCUUACAAUUGUA